GUUGGCAGGCAAGACAAGUAAAACUAACAUCAGAAAAAUGGUAAAAGUAAAUUUUAUUUUGGCUAUUUUCCUGAGCACCUCUUCGGGCGUCGUGGAGGACUUGAACAACCAAGUGGCAUUUGAGAAGAUUGGAGAGAUGGCCAGCUCAACAUCGUUUGCACACUUGGGAUUUAAGCUCCAUCUAAAGGAGCUGUUCGACAGACUAAACUUGGCGAUCGUUAUCAUCAACACGACAGAGAUAGCGGUCUUGGACCCAAGUUUAGGAAACGGUACCGAUGCAGCAUUGGUCCGACAAGCCGGGUUUCAUCUAGAAGAGGAAGUCAAGAGGUUGAGGAUGCUCAUGCACCUCAACAUUGAAGAGGCUCAACUAAAGGUGUAUGAGUCAAUCGGAAUGGAGACGAAUCCUUACAACCUCACUGGGAUUCUGAAGAAAACUUCAAUGAUGGGACCAACUGAAAUGGCUUCGGGCGGACGAAAGAAGAGGCAAUCCUUGCUUGGCGUCGGAACCGUGCUGUC